UGUCCUGUGUGCUAGCCACUGUCAUGUCACUUCUUUCCUGGUGAAACAUCCAGCCCUUAGGAAGCUCUGCCAUAAAAACCAAGAAGGAAAGGGCGUGACUACCUAUAGUUUCCUUAAAUUCAGUUUGCUGAUGACAGCGUCUUAAUCGCUACCCCCAGACUGCAGGCUCCUGGCCAGGGGCUGCGGCAGGUGAGGAGAAGAGUAACCAGGGCCUGCCUUCUGGAACUAUCACUCACCUUCCUGCAGAAGCAUGGAGCUCCGGUGUCCUGACUCGCUGGAGACUUUGCUGGAGCCCCCAGAAGAUAUCUUCGCCACAGGAUCCUUCCUGGAGUUGGGGCUCAACUCUUCCCCUUCAGAGGUUCCUGUGACUAGGCUACAAGAACAGGGGCUGCAAGGCUGGGAAAUAAGUGGGGGCCAUGACUGUGGCCUUCAAGAGAGUGAGCCUGAAGAUUUCCUGAAGCUUUUCAUUGAUCCCAAUAUGGUAUACUGCUCAGAAGCGUCUCCUGGCAGUGACAGUGGCAUCUCUGAGGACCCUGGCUGUUCAGACCGCUCCCCUGCCCCACAGACACCCAGUUCUCCUGCACUGUAUGAGGUUGUCUAUGAGGCAGGGGCCCUGCAGAACACACAGGGGGAAGCCAGGCCAACUUUCGGACUCAUCUCCAUCCAGCUGGCCUCUGUACCUCCUUCAGACCAGUGGAGACCUGCAUUCGUAGUGCCCGAUGCCUGCACUGUCAGUGGGCUGCCCUCUGAUACUCAUACAUACAACCUACCCAGAACCAGCACCUUAGCCCCAGCACCUCCUGCAGCCCUGCUGCCCUGCCAAACACUGUUCCUGACAGAUGAGGAGAAGCGUCUGCUGGGGCAAGAAGGGGUUUCUCUGCCCUCUCACCUGCCCCUUACCAAGGCAGAGGAGAGAGUUCUCAAGAAGGUCAGGAGAAAAAUCCGCAACAAGCAGUCAGCUCAGGACAGCCGGCGGCGGAAGAAAGAAUACAUUGAUGGGCUAGAGAGCAGAGUGGCAGCCUGUUCAGCACAGAACCAGGAACUACAGAAAAAAGUCCAGGAGCUGGAGAGGCGGAAUAUCUCCUUGGUGGCUCAGCUCCACCAGCUACAGGCGCUCAUCUCCCAAACCUCCAACAAAGCUGCUCAGACCAGCACCUGUGUUCUGAUUCUGCUUUUUUCCCUGGCUCUCAUCAUCCUGCCUAGCUUCAGCCCCUUUCAGGGUCUAUCAGAAGCUGGGCCUGAGGAUUAUCAGCCUCAUGGAGUGAUUUCCAGAAAUAUCUUGACUCACAAGGACAUGACAGAAAGCCUAGAGACUCCAGUGGUAAAGUCCAAAUUGGGGAGGCCACCUGGAGCCCAGACUGCAAAGGGUUCAACAAAGACACAGCUAAAGACUGGAGUGAAGUCUGAAUCCAGCAGGCAAAUCAGGACAGUGUUGCAUGCGGAUGAGAUGUAAGCUGAACACUGGCCAGUCACACUGGGGUCCAGGGCUUUUCUGUGGCUGUUUCCCCUGAACUCCCAUCGAGGUUGUCUGUACCCCUAAUUCUGACUCACUCAGGACACUAGAUUUCUGUGCCUAGGCCCAGUCUGCCUAUUUGAGAGGGACCUCAGAUACUUGCUAUAUAUUUGUGAUUUUAUUUCUUCUUUGGGGGAAGGGUUGAGUGGAAAUAAGUUUUGACUGAGAAAUAAAUUUUCAAGCUAAAGUUUUAUUCCAGAAAUUGUUUCAGACAAGUUCUCACUGGGUAGCACAGGCUAGUCUCAAACUCCUGAUCCCUCUACCAAGUGCUAGGACUACAAGUGUGUGCUACCCUACCCACCUUAGAAAAAUGUUAAGGAUAUAUUAUUUUUAUUUAUUUAUUUGGUGUUUUUGAGACAGCUGACCUGGAACUCACUAUG